CACAAGAAGUCGCCACUGAGCUCAGGAUUGUGGCAUUCAGGCUGUUUGAGCGGCAGACGAUAUGUCAGCCUGCCUUGUUUAUUUUCUUUAGAAAUUAAGGUCAAGGUAGCUGGGUUUGUUACAAGGUCAAGGCCGCUGUGUUUCUGUCUAGGCUACAUUCAUCUAGGUGAUUACAUCUGGUAUACCAACAGCUUUUGCUUUCUGUAUUAAGUUCACCAGCUGUGACAUUGCCUUGUGACUGGACUAGGACAUCCACCAAGAGGAAUCCACCAAGAGGAAUUCCACCAAGAGGAAUCCACCAAGAGGAAUUCCACCAAGAGGAAUCCACCAAGAGGACAUCCACCUAGCGACUGUCCUAGCCUAUAUCCACCUAUAUCCACUGCAGGCUCGCAGGUAAAGAUGAGUGGCGUGGAGCUCGACUCCUCAUCUGACGCCCUCUUCAAACAGCCAAUGAGGAGCCGGAGAGUGGUCCAGAUUGUCAUCCUUGUGGCGGCCCUGGUUCUUGGACUGGCCAUCGGUCUGCUGGUGGGGACAUUCGCCAUCGGCCAGGAGCAGGACGGUCUGUACCUGUCCGGCGUCCCAGCUGGUCUGGUCUCUGACGCCGACCCGGCCAUCGCUCAGAAAAUCAUAGACGGCAUCCAAGCCUCGAGGAUUGAGGAAAAUUUGAGACUGUUGUCCCAGAAACCUCACAUUGCUGGCAGAGAAAACGACAUGGAGCUGGUUGAGCUGUUGAAGUCCAGAUUUCGAAGUGCCGGUCUGGCCGUCCAGACCACGCCCUACGAUGUUCUGUUGUCCUACCCAGACUUGCAGUCCCCCAACUCUGUUCGGCUGAUCAACGCCAGCAACCACAUCAUCUACGACGCCAAAAGCGACGACAGCGACAUAUCGGCUCUUCGGGAUGUCGUUCCGCCAUUUCAUGCUUACUCGCCUAGUAGCCUAGUGCAGGGUAACAUCGUGUUUGUUGGGUACGGACGAGACGAAGAUUACCAGGUCCUGAGGGAACACAAUGUCACGGUGACCGGAAACCUUGUCUUGGUCAAGUAUGGGAAAAUUUUCAGAGGGGACAAGGUGGACAUAGCCAACAAACAUGGCGCUACUGGCGUCAUCAUGUUCUCUGACCCAGCCGACUACACGGGGAUGAAGAGCGGUGACCCACGGGUCUACCCAGACACUUGGUGGCUGCCCCCCUCUGGCUCGCAGAGGGGGACCGUCUUCACGGGGGACGGGGAUCCGCUGACCCCGGGCCAUCCAGCAAACAAUCUCGCUUAUCGUUAUCCUCAAGACAAAGUCAAACCUCCACUGCCCAAAAUUCCAUCUCAUCCCAUCGGCUAUGGGGCUGCCAUUCACAUAAUCAAGUCCAUGUCGGGACCCCGCGCACCAUCUAGUUGGCAGGGUGGUCUGAACGUGACCUACCACUUAGGACCUACCUUCAUACACUCAGGCUGGAAAAUUGAGUUGAAUGUCACAUCCAAAAACGAGAGAGCUAAAGCUGACAAUGUGUUUGGUAUCAUCAGAGGAUUCGUCGAGCCAGAUCGCUACGUUCUCAUUGGUAACCAUCGUGACGCCUGGAUCUAUGGGGCCAUUGACCCCUCCAGUGGUACAGCCGUUAUGUUGGAGGUGGCCAGGGUCAUGGGAGCGCUCGUACAGUCAGGCCAGUGGAGACCACGACGAUCUAUUGUGUUUUGUUCCUGGGGAGCUGAGGAGUUCGGACUGAUUGGCUCAACAGAAUGGGUAGAGCAAUACGUGGCUACACUGAGAGAGAGGGCGGUGGCUUAUGUAAACAUUGACAUCGCUGUGGAUGGUAAUGACACCAUUAAAGUAGCUGCCACACCAUUGAUGCGAAAUGUUGUUAUGGAUGCCUGUAAGAAGGUUCCUAACCCAAAUCCUAAUGAGGUCAAGGCCGGCAGACGUAGCAUAUAUGACACCUGGGUACACGUGACACCAGACCUAGAUGACAACAACAAAACAACUGGCCGACCUGUUAUGUCCUCCCUAGCAUCAGGAAGUGACUUCGCUCCCCUCCUCCAGAGGGCGGGCAUCACAGCAGCUGAUGCCACUUACACUUUUGACAAGAAACGAUAUAGUGUUUCGUCCUAUGCACUCUACCACACGGAGUAUGAAACCUUCCAAAUUGUCAAGGACCAGUUUGAUCGGGAGUUUAAGUUUCAUGCGGCCAUGGCCCAGUUUGGAGCUGAGAUGGUCCGGUCACUUGCUGACCCUCUGAUACUGCCCAUGAACGUCACCAACUACGCUACAGGUCUGGAAGAACUGAGAGUCAUCCUCCACAAGGAAUACGGCGAACUGCUAAGUUCAAAUCUAGGAGACAGCUAUGAUCUGCUAGAGACAGUGAUACGGAACUUCUCCGUUGAUGUAUCAACAUUUGAAAACAACUUACAGAAAGUAAACAAGAAGAAUCCCCUGGCUGUACGAGCUGUCAAUGACCAGAUCAUGCUUUUAGAGCGGGCAUUUCUGGAACCAGAGGGCCUCCCCAACCGUCCUUAUAAGAAGCACCUUAUUUUUGCUGAGAACUCAAAUGAUGCGUAUGCUGGCAGCAGUUUCCCUGGACUGGUUGACCUGCUGUUUGAGGUGAACAACAGCACAGAGAGGUGGGAUCAAGUGAGGCAGCAUUUUGCUGUCAUCUUGCAAGUUAUCCAAUCAGCUGGUGCCACGCUGCGUGACGUCACUGGCUUUAUGGAUGAAUAUCUGUAAUCAGCUUACUUAGGGUGGCUGUCGGGUUUGUAGUGAAAUGUUGAUGUGGCCUGCACCAUGCUAAUAAAACUUUACCAAAAGUUUGUACUAAAACGAUGGGACGCCUGCCCUGACAAGUCUGCAGGCACUACAAAUCUUGUCAUUCAAGCAGAAAUCACACACUCCAAUACAUUCAAUUUUUUACAAACUUUA